AAAGAAUUCUUUUUAUUUAUUUGCAUGGAACCUUCCUGUCGAUUUAAAAACCAAGGUCGCCCCUGCCAGGAUCUGAGCACGCCUGUUCGCCCACCGUGUAGUCAACGCUUCGCCGGGUUUUACAAACCCUAGCACUUCCAAACCAGCGAGUGCCGUGCGAUUCAUCCGGUGCCCCUUCUGGCCCUUCCGAUAACACCAAAUCAACAGACAAAGACACGGCCCUGAUUUGCCCGUCACUUCUCAGGAUCACAGUCAACUACCGUACUAUCUUCACCCAAAAAUCUCAUUAAAUAUCUCAUCCUUAUCCUUUCUUUUGUUUGUUCUUCCUUUGCCCUCCUGGUUUAUAUCCUUAAUCGCAAGGUAGGAAAGGAAAAACGAAUUGGAGAAUGAUGAUCAGAUCAGUUCCUGUUUCUUCUUCUUCUGUUUCUUCUUCUUCUUCUGUCUUGUGCAAUGAUCUUCAUCUCUCGGUUUCUUCCACCAGAUUUGCUUCCACGAUCUGUUGUUCCUCGAGAAGCAAUGCCUCCAUCCCGAAGCUCGAGCCUUUUAGCAGAAGCAAGCUUGAUCGGGCCCUCAAGGACCCUCCGCUGAUUGAGAAAUCCGAAAACGAUAUAGCAGAUUACUGUUCAACUCUCGAGGGAGACAAUUCGUAUAGCUGCUGGAGAGCAUAUUUUGAACUCAAAGAUCUGGAGCGGGAGUCUCCAAAAGAGGAUGUAGAGAAGCUUAUUAUUCAAGCCGGUGGUGUGAAGUCUCUGAUUGGUAUCUUGCACGGAAUCGCAGCCAUCCACAAGGAGAAAAAGGAAAAGGAGCUGCUUGGAGCGGCGCAGGUGAGUACUGCAAAGGCAGAAGAGAAGAGAGAGAGGCCUUUCCCGGUGCCGGACGGGCUGCCGAAGUCGGCGGAGGAACUGGAGGAGGAGGAGAAAGGCAGAAUGCCAGACUCCCCAUUCACCAGACUGCUUAGAACCAUUGGCGAGUUCCCUGCAUGGUAUUCCCCUGCUCCAGACCAUGAAACAGAUUGAUGGGAUUUUGGGCUGUGUGCGCGUGUGCGUGUGUGUAUAUGUGUGUAUGAGUUGUUGAUAUGGUAAUGUAUAAUUUUUGAUUCUGUAAAUGGGUUUGUUCGAUCAAGAACAGUGUUGGUUUGUUUCAGAAAAGUUUUCUACUCCCAUUGCAUGUGAGUUUGAAAAAUAAAAAAUGGUCUACUUUGAUUUGAGCA